AGACGGAAGCUCUCAAAUGUCUGCGGCUUUAAAAACACAACACGUUUCUCUGCUUUUUAAUCUCUCAGUUCGGUAAAAAGCUUAAUGGUAACAACGACAGUUAGUAAAUACACAUUUGUAUUCGCCAGCUCGUCGCCACUUUGCCUGUGGCUGAAUUAAGAUAACUAAGUUACGUGGUCAGACUAACUUCUGCUCACUUUGACUAACUCACCACAGAGAUACACGUUUAAACGAGGCGUUUCAGAAUGACCGACAUUAAUCCCGGAGAGUCUGAGUGGACCAGUGGAAACCUCCUGAAGCUGUUCUCUGCCAUGAAGAGCAACACGCCCUCGCGGUUCAUGGAGUGUGCGUACACCACAGGACUGAAGAAGGUGGACUGGAAGAGCGUGGCGUUCCAUCCUUUCUCUCCUGAAGCCUGUCGACUCAAGUGGAGACAGAUUGUAAAGAAGAUGCGCCUGACUCGAUCCCUAACUGAGCUCCUUGUUGAAGCUGAAGAGAACCUCAUUAUUGGCCCACAGGUUCAGAAGAAGCCGCCUCCUCCAAGUGUCAUGUUUUAUCACAUGCACAAUGCCAAGUUUAAGGAGCAGCACCCAGAGCUGGCCCAGAGAGACAUUAUGAGGGUGUUGUACCAGAAGUACAAACGUCUCCCAGAAGAAGAGAAGGCUCCAUAUGGGAAGAAAUACAAGUGUGCAUAUCGAGAAUACUUGGCGAGGAAACGUGAACUCAGUGAAAAAGGGGUGGAGCCUCCAUAUAAUACGUGCAGGAGGAGGAAGGAGUCUGAGCCUGUGCAGACUGGAACUGAAGGUGGAGAUGGUCUGCCUCCCAGGCCUCAUUUCAAUGCCUAUAUUCUAUUCUGCAAAGAGCAAAUGUCAUCUAUGGAUGGUGUCGGAAAACAUAACUAUGCAAAGGUUUGUGGUCAACGCUGGAAAGAUUUAACUGACGGAGAGAGGAAGAACUACCAAAGACGCUGCCGAAAGCUGAAGAGAGCGUAUGACAUUAAACUGGAUCAAUACCUAAAGAAACAGCAACUCCGUAAAUCUGGGGACACAAACACUGAAGGAAGAGAAGCACUGAGCCCAAACAGACCAUCAGAUUCUGAAGAUGAAGACAUUGAGGAGAGCAGCAGCAGUGAUGAUGAUGAUGAUUUUGACUGUAAUGAGGAGGAAGAGGAGGAGGAGGAGGAGGACGAGGACAUCACAUUUCAGAUGUAUUAGAUAGUAAUGAGACAUGUUCACAGCAGGAUUGUGGAUUUGAGAACAUUGAUUUUAAAUAUACCAGAACUAUGUGCCUUCGUCUUUACAAAGAACCUCAGAGAGAAACACGCGUUAAAGAGGAUUUGAACAAACAAUCACUCGUUCAUCUUCUACUCUUCUAAUCUGCUUAAGCCAAAUACAGAAAAGAAAAACACAACAACAACAAUACAACUAUGUACAGGUAGGGAGUGAUCCUUGUCGCACAGCAGUCAUUGGUUUGUGAAAAUAAAAUCAGGCCUAUGAGGUGUGACAUAUUUGACCCAGUUCUCCCAGUAUGAAGCAAAUUUCUCCAAUUCAUGACAUAACAAAUGCAGUUAUCCUCUCCAUUUUAUAAAUGUCCAUCCACAGAUUUAAAGUUGGGCUCUCUUGUGAUAACCAUUUCCUGGUUAGACUCUGUUUACAGGCCACCAGCAAGAUAUUUGGUAAAUGUUUAUCCCCUUUCGACCAUUCCUCAGGUAUGUGUCCGAAAAACACAACCUUACUCUUGAGGGUUAUUUGGCAGUUGAAGAUAACCUGCAGGGCAUUAUGUGUCUCUCUGCAAUAGCCCUUAAUGACAGGACAGUCCCAGAAAACAUGGUAGUGGUUUGCGUUUUGAUUUCCACAGUUCCUCCAGCAGACAGGGGAAUUCUCAUCAUAGUCAUCAUAGACUUCUGAGAAGGCGUAAUAAAUGACCUCAUCAGGCUUUUCCAUCCAAAUUCCCUCCACUGCUUUGAGCUGGUACGUCUCCAUUGAUGCCUCCAAAUUGCUGUCCAUUCUUCCUCAGAUAUAGUUAUCCCUCCUUCCUCUUCCCAUUUUAUUUUAAUAUAUGAAUUUGAAUGUGCUUUCAAAUUCCACAGACCCUUAUACAAGCAUGAAACGGUUUUAUCAAUCGUUUCCGAAUCAUAGGCUUUUGUAAAUAAUCAAACAUGCAUUUACUACUUUAGAUUUCUCUCGGUGGGCAAUAAUUAUAUGAGAGUAACCGGGUUUUACUCAUAUUGAUUUUGUACCCCGAUAAUUGGCCAUACUGUUCAAAUGAUUACAUCAAUUUAGGCAGAGAGUGUGUUGGUUCAAGAUGUCGUCUGCAUAACAGGCCAAUUUAUAUUCUGUCCCUGUUAUAAUGAUUCCCUUGAUAUCUUCAUUUUGUCUGAUGUACUGAGCUAGUGGUUCCAAAUAUAGUGCAAAAUGUUGUGGUGACCAUGCACAGCCCUGUCUGGUGCUCCUUUCUAGUGUAAAACUAAUAGAUAAAUAUCCAUUGUUUGAUCAUCA